UAGUUUUCUCAUCUCGCUGAAAAUGGAACAAACAAAAUGAUUGAAAAUGUGCCGAAUCAUUUCUGAGUAUCUUGUUUCAUAGGCCUCUUUAUUCACCAUUCAGUUGAUUGCCGAAGCAAGAAUAGCCACCAAGGUCAAUUCCUCAGGUCAAUCCCCCAGUACGGCGACUCUGGGUUGGUGGUUUAUGGCGCGCCCACAAAUAAGCGCCUUCCGAUGAGAUAUACCUAUGCCUAACUCCGAACUGGAAGGCCUUUAUAUAACAUGUGAUACCAAAGAAGAUUUCGAUCAUUUUGACUCAAGGAACUUAUGGACCCUUAUUUAUGAGGUAAUCGUCUUUUAUUCGUCAAGAGGAGCUCUUAGCGUCUUAAGAACCAGGCUGCUCUUCUAAGUGGACACGCCUCUUGUGAUGCUGCUCGUGAACUGCAAAAUCGAUGGAAGAAUCGCUAUAGGGAUAUUAGCCCAUGUAAAUUAAUACUUGUUUAUUUCCGUAGAUGAUGAUACGCGGGUUUUACUAGAUUCUUCGAACGACGGGGACUAUAUCAAUGCGAGCUAUGUAUGUGUGGACGAGGCGCCUACAAAGAAGUAUAUCUUAACACAAGGACCGAUGCAGCAAACGGUUUCACACUUCUGGCUAAUGAUCUGGGAACGACGUUCGCCUGCCAUAAUUAUGCUGAAUCGAAUUUUUGAAAAGGGGAUAAUGAGGUGUUAUCCUUAUUUCCCUCAGGAGGGCGGGCCUUCCUGUCUGAAUUUCACUGACGUUAAUCUACGUGUUCGAUUGGAGGAAGAGAGCACCACGCAGUUGUUCACAAAACGUGUUCUACAGCUCAUUCACAUUAAGGCCUUACUCGCUACAUACAGCAGAGUGGAUAAGCGAAAGCAGACUGCUGCUGAUGCCUCCCUUCGUUCUCUUCCACGUACUUUUUCGUCCCCCUCUCUCCACCUGAUUGAUAAAUCUUCCCGUGCAGGCCCAGCACUUAGAACUGAUGACUCCGUUCGUCUUGCAUCGAUUUUGCGUGCAACAUCUGCUCGUCACAUAGCGCCGAAAUUCUUAGGUGUUUCCAAAUCAAUCCUCGAGCUCAAGUGCUUCAAGUGGUGGCUCAAGCGGUUAGAGUGUGAAUUUACUGGCCGGAAGGUCCUUGGUUCGAACCCGACCUCUGCCUCUCGACUUCCUCCGUCUAGGCUUGGGCAACCUGGAAGUAUCUCCGCCCUCCUGAACGAUUUUUUCGAGCAUCGACACCCGGACGCCUUCAAUUUCGGCACUCUGAAGCAGGCAGGUCAACAAGCUGCUCUUGAUCUCACAUUGGACUCGCUCGGCAUUGAUGUGUGCUGCGUCUCAAAAACAAGUAUUCAAGAUGCAAGCACAGUGGUUAAGCUAACCACCCCAUCAGUCUCUGCUCGCUUCCGGCUACGCACCUCUGGUGAUUCAGCGGCUGCUGCGGUGGGACUCACAGGAGUUACUAUCGUCCUAAGCCACUGGUUGGAAGUGCGGACGAAUCUCUUGGCAACUGAAAGACUGGCAGAUCCGCAUGUUAGACGAACCUAUUUGAGUCGUCUUCCAGAGUCUCUUCCAAAGGCUGCACCAUCUGAUACGAACUCGUACUGGGACGAGAUUGCCACUUCUUCUUAUAGUGCUGGGAAUUCAGCCUGUGACAUGACACCACCAGAUGCACUCAAGCACUGGACAACAGAGCGAACGGUGGCACUGCUUACAUCUCGGAGAAAUAUCCCAGCCUUGAUGCGACGAAUUAUCAGACGUCAAGUGAAAACUGGAGAGCGACAUCAGCUGAUCCAUAUGCACUACACAAGCUGGCCGGAUUUUGGUGUCCCAAAAUCGCCUAGUGGGAUGUUGAACUUCCUCUGGGCUGUCCGAGCGACAGAUGCCUUGUCUGAUGCAGAACACCCGGCAGUCGUGCACUGCAGUGCUGGUGUAGGCAGAUCCGGGACAUUUGUUCUCAUUGAUCUUGCCUUACACCUGGUUGAGACUCGGGGUACAAUGAAAGGCCUUGAUCUCAGUCAACUGUUUGUGAAACUCCGUCGCUGCCGCAUGGGUGUGAUUCAGACAGCGGACCAACUGCGGUUCUGUUAUUCAGCAGUUAUUCGGGGUUCCGAAGCGCUUCUCCGAACUCCCGUGGAUGGAAUUCCUUACAUUAAGUUCGAGCCGCAACCAGAUGAAAAUGACCAAUCCGCUGGGAGCAGUGACAGUGAUGAUGUUUGGGAUGGUCUAGAAGGCGGUGAAAACGGCUCCUCUUCUGAAGAGGGGUUUGACCAGGUCGAGGACGCCGAAGAUUUGGUACAGGACGUUGAAGAAGUGUGUGAAGAAGAUCCACUACGCGAAGUCGUUCUGCUUGAACGAACACCACUUGGAGCUUCAGAUUCUACAACUACUGAAUGUUACAACAGACAUACCAUCUCUCCCAGAACUAAUCAUGCCUGGUUGUACACCUCACCCGAGCACGGUGCACUCAGAAAUACCACCCCUGUUCGUGUUGGACCAAGGGAACCCUCACUAUCACUUGGAGUGUGGAACGACCGCCUGAGCCCUAUCGUCGGUAGUGAUCGAUAUUCUGAUCAUAUGGGCAUUGGUGGCCGAUUUCGUCGACCUGAGCUCAUCGACCACAGUAACAACGCACUACCGGAUACCAUGAUGGAUGACGAACCGGAAGUCCCUGUUCGCCGCGUCAUACAGGAAAGUCCCUUAGCUGAUUAUCCCCAGAUCGCUUCGGUGUCUUAUUCGUCAUCUUCAUCAUCUACCGGGUCAACUGCUUCGAAUGAUGUAAGCUCCAAACCUGACGGUGAUGGUUCUUCGAACUUACGUGAGGCCGAAAAUCAGGUUACAGAACCUCCCGAGACCGAUGUUCACAUGCAAGAUGUCGAGGUAGAUCCUUUAACGUCCGAGUACCUAGCUACCGCAUACGCCUUGCAAAGACGGCGUGAUGUACGCCGCCAACGACAAGUGCGUCUCCAAGAUCAAAUGGAGCAGGUUCAACUGCUGAUGCGGGAAUCCAAUUUAGAGAGGAAACGCUGGAUCCCCGUAAAUAUUUCACGCCAUCUUCGCCGUUUCUUUGCGGAAAGUGGUAUUGUACAGAGUACCCAAGGUGCUGCUCUCAGCUCUGCUGCUGUUUUAUUACUGGCUGUGGGUUUCGCACUGGCUGGGUACCACUAUUACUUCGGCGUAAUAUGAAAUACUUGCCCCUAUCCACUUGCUUUUUUAUCCACUUCCCCUAGCCUCCGUCAAUAAUCGCCAAUUGUUUUUUGGCUUCUCUGGCAUCCAGUCGACAACCUAAACCGGUAAAUAUGCUAUUUUUCUCAGGUACCUGAAACGCAACUUGUCCGGAUGCGUCUUCUCUCUUUGCAUUUAUUUAUGCUUAACGAUCGACCCAUUUCGUUCCACGCAGCCCACCGCUAGCCCGUCUCUAUCAAACUCCCCAUAGCCUUCCCUGAAUUGUACUUCACAACCAUGCAUCGACCAUAUGCACCAACAGUUUACACAUCUUUCAUCUCACUGUGAUAUACUUGCCCACCUGAUUAUCAUUUAUCCUUGUUCACAUGCACACGUGAAUACUGCCUAGAAUACGUGCCUAUCGGAUGAAAAUACAUCUGUAUUGUAAGAUUCUUGUUUGUGUUCAGGGAUCGACAGGAUGACGCUCAUCGUCUGUAGGUUGUUGUAGCGAUGGGGAAUGUCUCCCAGUGUAUUGUUGGAGUCUGAUUAUCCCAUGCACAAUUCGCGAAACAAAAACAUUUCCGUCGUUACUUUUCUCCUUAUUUGUGGAUAUCAUUGAU